AUGUUAGGAAGAAACCAGUGCAUAGGAGUCCGUGUUGACUCAAACGGUCAGCUAACAACAUCUACAGCAGCCUGCAGUGACAACUUCUGGUCGUGGUUCGUCUGCAAGUUUGCCGUUAGUGGCGACGACACUUUACCACAGAUGCCGGUGUCACUCACAGCCAACUGGGCAUCACCACUGCCAUGCAUUCCAAAUGAGUUUCGAUGCGAUGAUUUUUGGCACUGCCCAGAUGGCUCAGACGAACGUACAUGCGAAAUUAUAGCUAUGCAUCCCAAUAAAAUAAGUUUACCUCCCCCUGCUAUCAUAGACAUUGACUUGAAUGGUUUCCUGAUGCCACUAAAGCCAUUAACGACGACACAGGAACCUCUGUGUCCCGAAACCCAUUUCCAGUGUCCAUUAAUAAAUGAUUUUUACUGUCUGCCCGUCUAUGUUCGCUGUAAUGGUGUCUUUGACUGUCCUGGUAAACAGGACGAGACGGCGUGUGACACCUACACCUGUCCCGGCUACUACCGCUGCCGCUCGUCCCACGUCUGCCUGCACCCUGAUCACGUGUGUGACGGUUGGUCACAGUGUCCUGAGGGAGACGACGAGCUGUUGUGUCGCCUUUCUUGUCCUGACACGUGUGUGUGUCACGGACUGGCCUUCACCUGCAAGGCAAGGUUUGCAGCGUCCAGUUACCUGGAGCUGAGGUAUCUUAACGCAAGUGGCUCGGGGAUGACCCCCAGAGAUGUUGUCAAUAACAGAAUGUUCGUUUAUCUCAGUUUUAACAACUGUAACAUCAGUGUUCUAGAGCAAAUGAACUUUGUAAACCUUCAGAUCCUUGAACUAAGUAACAACUAUAUUACCUCAUUCAGUUCUAAUAUAUUUGAAAGAUUACAGAAUCUGAGGACAUUACGUCUAGCAGGUAAUCCUUUUGCAUCCUUAUACCCAACUGACAGACAUCAUCAUUCUGUAUUAAGGCAGGUAAUAGACCUUGAUGUUUCCAGAGUUAAGUUUUCAAUACUGGAUGUUAUGAUUUCUGAAACAUUUCCUAACCUACAGAAACUCAAUCUCUCUGGCUGCGGCGUUGAAACCAUUGCUGGCGAGGUGUUCACAAACCUGAUUGAACUACGAAGUCUAGAUUUAAAGGGGUCUACUGUGAACUACUUCCCACCACAAACAUUUACUACCUUAAGCAAGUUAGAGUCCCUCUAUACUGACAACUACAAGGUCUGUUGUCCAGCCUCUCUUCCUGAACGGUUUAUUAUUAAAAAGUGUGAAGCGCCAUCUGACGAGAUCUCGUCCUGUGAUGCUCUCCUGCGCUCAGACACAUACCGUGUCUUCCUCUCGUUAUUCGCGUCUUUAGCUCUGAUGGGCAACGCGGGAAGUUUUAUUUACCGUGUGUUUAUCAGUAAGAAAACAAGCAACCUUGGGUUUGAUGUCUUUGUCACUAAUUUAAGUCUAGCUGACUUUGUGAUGGGUGUGUACCUGGCCAUCAUAGGAAUAGCUGACCGUGUGUACCUGGGAAACUACUUGUGGAACGACUUAAUAUGGAGAAAUAGUUUUGUGUGUAAGCUGGCCGGCUUUCUCUGUCUACUGUCUAGUGAAGUGUCAGCUUUCAUUAUCCUUCUCGUCACAUUAGACCGACUCCUAGUCAUCGCGUUUCCAUUUAGUGUCCUUCACUUUUGUAAACGUUCUGCGUGGAUAGCUUCAGUUAUAGUAUGGAGUGUAGGUGUUAGUAUUGCAGUGAUUCCUUUGCUGCCGUCAACAUCUGACUGGAACUUUUACAGUCAGAACGGACUCUGUAUUCCGAUCCCAAUCAUUAGAAACUACUUUUCUGGAAAGGACUACGCUUUUGGUGUCAUGAUUAUCCUCAACGGCUCCAUCUUCUUGCUUAUUACUGCUGGUCAGGUUUUAAUCUUUUGGUCAGUAAGAAUUAACAGUAUGACAAACUUUGACACAUCCAAGAGGACAAAGGACCUGACCAUCGCCCGUCGACUGAUGACAGUGGUUGUGUCUGACUUUUGCUGCAAGUUCCCCGUGGCCAUGCUUGGACUUCUAGCGGCCCGCGGCACGCCAGUCUCUAGUGAGGUCAUCGUCGCUCUCGUCAUCUUCAUUGUUCCCCUCAACUCCGCUCUCAACCCCUUCCUGUACACAUACAACGUCAUGAAGGAGCGCAGGCGCAAAGCCAGGGAAGGGAAAAUGAGGAAGUAUUUUAUGUCCCUUUCGAAAUACAAGAACUCUGAAACAUAA